ACGCCUGGAUCAAAAUGAAUAAUUCCAGUCUUACGUUAAUUUUUCUUUCUUUUAAAAGACGAUGUGUUAACGCCUUUAGUUUAAAAUUGUUUAGCUAUUUCACAAAAUGAACAAGUCAAAGAACAAAUUGUUAACGAUGAACAAGGUAUUGAUUUACUAGCUAAAUGUGCAUACGAUCAAAAGUUUGACGAGAAAAAAGUUCAAGAACCAGCUAUACGUAUUAUUCUUACAGUUUCAUUUGUUGGUGUAAAUGCAAUUGAAAAAAUCAAAGAAAUUGAACCAUUGAUUGAACGUGUACUGAUAGCAACACAGUCAAUUGAACCACGUGUAGAACGUUCAGCUAAUGGUGUUAUGUGGAAUUUAGGAAAAGAAAAUGAAUUUAUUACCAAAAAAGAGGAAGAAAGUCAUUCAAAAGCAUCCCCAUCCCUACCGCCCUCAUCGGAACCAAUAAAAGCUAAAAUAGUUCAAGCUGAUGAAAGUAAAGCAAUAUAUCAAUAUGUUAAU